UGCGGCCGCUGCAGCUGCUAGCUCUUCUUCUUCAAAUAAGAGCCGGAGUUCGAAGCGGCUCGCGAAGUUGAUUGCGAAAACGUCGACGACGAUUUUUACCAACGUUGCACAAGGCCUUUUCGAACGGCACAAGACGACCUUCAGCUUUUGCCUCGCGGUGUCGAUACAUCGUCGGGAGGGUGGAAAUCUGCCGGACAAAAUGUGGAAUCUAUUUGUCGGUGGGGCUGCGGCAGCUCCUGGCGCAGGAGGAGGAGGCUCAGGGCCGUCCACAGAGGAAAACAGCUCUGCGGUGGGCGUAUCAACUUCCACGACACAGCAGGAGGCAAAGGAUCCCGAACUACAUGUUGGGAAGCCUCAA